CAGCCGUGCGAGCGCCAAUUUCCAACACAAACCGCUAAGCGACCGAGCAGUGCUCGCUCGCUCGCUCCGGCUGGCGUUGCGCAAAUAUCGCCGUUGCUAAGCUGUCGUGUUUUUAACACCAUCAGCCAUUAUCGUAGUCAUCAUCAUCAUCGGUAGCAGCAGCAACAGCAACAACAGCACAACCAUUCGCAGCAACUUGCAGCAGCAGCAGCAGCACGUGGGGAAUCCGACCCGUCACUUCUGACCGCUGUCUCAACCACGGGGACAAGGGACAUGAGAUCUACCGUCAAGCGACCUCCGAGGUGCCGCACCUUCUCCUCCGCACGUCGGCCAAACAAACGAGCGCGUGGGGCCUCGGCGUGAGGAGCCGCGAACGAGGCGAGCACGAAGGCCACCCCCGACACCAGGAUGCCACUUCUGUCCGGCGUGAGCGAGAGCCGCCCACGCACGUCCAUCGGCUCUCUCCCGCCGUCUCCGCUCGACUUCCCGCUGAGCCCCUGCGCGUCCCACGCGGACAGCAGCCCGGCCAAGGGCCUCUACUACCGACUGCUCGCGCCGAGGAGACGCGCCGACCUGCUGGUGAACGUGGGAGGCCUGCGCUACGCGUUCGCGUGGACCGAUCUCGAGAGGUUCCCCCUGACCCGCCUGGGCAGGCUGCGAGCGUGCAGCAAUCGCGAGGACAUCCUGGCGCUGUGCGACGACUACGACGUAUCGCUCAACGAGUUCUUCUUCGACCGAAACCCCGGCGCCUUCAGGGCCAUCAUGACCUUCCUGCGCGCGGGCAAACUGCGGAUACUCGGCGGCGUGUGCGUGCUGUCGUUCCGGGAGGAGCUCAGUUACUGGGGCGUGGAGGAGAACAAUUUGGAGCUCUGCUGCCUGAGCCGCAUCCUGCAGAAGGACGGCGAGAUGCAGCAGCAGCAGCAGUACGACGACCAAGACGGCAUCGGCGGUGACGCUGACGAGGCCGCCGCCGCCGCCGCUGCCGGCGCCGAGAUGAACGGCGACGGCGUCCGUGAUGUCGGUGACGACGACGUCUUCGGGGCGGAUGACGCCGAGGGGAUGAAGCUGGGCCGGCCCACGCGCUGCGUGCGCGCGAUGGGCCACCUACGGGACAUGGUGGAGAACCCGAGCUCGGGACCUGCGGGGAAGGCGUUCGCCUGCAUCUCCGUGGCCUUUGUGACCAUCACGGCCGUGAGCCUGUGCGUGGGGACCAUGCCCGAGCUCAGGGAGGAGAAGGGCGAGUGCUCUCAGAAGUGCCGCGACAUCUUCGUCGUGGAGAGCGUGUGCGUGGCGUGGUUCUCGCUGGAGUUCGCGCUGCGCUUCGUGCAGGCGCGGAGCAAGUGCCGCUUCAUGCGCACCCCGCUCAACGUCAUCGACAUGAUCGCCAUCCUGCCCUACUACGUCACGUUGCUCGUCGACUCUCUCUCGGACCCCAAGGACAAAGCGGCGGGCGGCAGCAGCUACCUGGAGAAGGUCGGCCUCGUGCUCAGGGUGCUGCGCGCGCUGCGCAUCCUCUACGUGAUGCGCCUGGCGCGACACUCGCUCGGCCUCCAGUCUCUGGGCCUCACCGUCCGCCGCUGCACCCGCGAGUUCGGCCUCCUCGUGCUCUUCCUGUGCGUGGCCAUGGCCCUCUUCGCGCCGCUCGAGCACCUCGUCGAGAGCGAGAUGGGCAACAGGGAGAGCUUCUCGAGCGUGCCAGCAACCUACUGGUGGGCCAUCAUCUCCAUGACCACGGUGGGCUACGGGGACGUGGUGCCGCACAGCGUGCCCGGGCAGGUGGUGGCUCUGAGCAGCAUCCUCAGCGGAAUUCUGCUCAUGGCCUUUCCCGUCACCUCCAUCUUCCACACCUUCUCGCGCUCCUACGUCGAGCUCAAGGAGCAGCAGCAGCAGGCGACGAGGAGGGGCGGACGCAGGUUUCACGUGAAGGCGCGCGGCAGCGACAGCUCGUGAUAAACCAUGGGGGUGGGACUAUUGACGACGAUUUUGACGACAUCCCUGAAUGGCAGAACACCGAUUACGCGUUUGCGUCCGGAAGAGUGAGGUCCCCGCGUGGCUGAGGGAGAAGCGGAGGGAGAAGCGGAGGGCUGCUCAGAGGCACGGCCGGCGGCCAAGACGAAGAAGUGGAAGGGUCGCGUGAGCCGACUGAACCAAGGUGGUCCCGUGAGUUUGGGGAGGGAGGGAAAGAUGGCUGUAGACGCAUGGUCAAGGUGCGAUAACGGGGCCCUAGAUAAGUGAUGCCAUGACAGAGAUGGAGGAGGCAUGGAGAAACUGAAACCGUAUAUUUUGAUACUGGCAAGGGAGGUCCCAUGAUGUACAGUAGCUGCUCACGCCGAGCACUCAAUGCCCUGAUAGUGGCAUUGUCUUUGUGCUGUUCGCCUUUUGGCGUCCUCUGGUCUAACA